GGACCCCGAGUUCAAAAAGGCAACCAUGGAAUCAUUUUGAACCAGAUCGAUGAACAGCGAAAUGGCGGACUAUCUUAUUGCUGGCGGAACAGGCUAUGUACCAGAAGACGGAAUGACCGCAGUACAGCUCUUCAACAAUGAUGGUCUAACCUAUAGUGAUUUUAUCAUUCUUCCUGGAUUUAUUGACUUUUUGGCCCAAGAUGUGGAUUUGACAUCGCCUUUAACCAAGACCAUAACCAUCAAAACACCAUUAUGCAGCUCACCUAUGGAUACUGUCACUGAAUCCAAAAUGGCAAUUACUAUGGCUUUGAAUGGAGGAAUAGGAAUCUUACAUCAUAACUGUUCGGUGGAAUUCCAAGCUAAUGAAGUAAGAAAAGUCAAGAAAUUUGAACAAGGAUUUAUAACUGCUCCUCUGGUGUUGAGUGGUGCAAACACUGUUGCCGAUGUUUUAAAUGCAAAAUCAAACCACGGCUUUUCUGGAAUUCCUAUAACUGAAAAUGGACAGAUGGGGGGUGUUCUUCAGGGCAUUGUUACAUCACGAGAUAUUGACUUUCUCCCAAAUAUAGACCACAACAAGCCAUUGAAAGAGGUAAUGACUCCACUGCAAGAUUUAGUUUUUGCUAAAGAUGGCAUCACACUUAAAGAAGCAAACAGAAUACUACAACGCAGUAAAAAAGGUAAAUUGCCAAUAGUCAAUGAAAACGGUGAAUUAGUGUCUCUGAUAGCAAGGACAGAUCUUAAAAAGAACAGAGAUUACCCUCUUGCAUCCAAAGAUGACAACAAACAGCUCUUAGUUGGAGCUGCAAUUGGAACAAGAGAGGAAGAUAAGUUGAGGCUGCAUGAACUGGUUGAGGCAGGUGUGGAUGUUGUUGUUCUAGAUUCCUCUCAAGGAAACUCCAUCUUCCAGCUUGAAAUGAUUAGCCACAUAAAGGAGCGCUACCCAAACCUACAGGUCAUCGGUGGCAAUGUGGUGACUGCUGCGCAAGCAAAAAACCUCAUUGACGCAGGUGUUGAUGCAUUGCGAGUCGGCAUGGGMAGUGGGUCUAUUUGCAUCACGCAAGAAGUGAUGGCUGUUGGAAGGCCACAAGGUACAGCAGUCUAUAAGGUUGCUGAGUAUGCAAGGCGGUUUGGAGUGCCUGUUAUUGCAGAUGGUGGCAUUCAAACCGUAGGACACAUCACAAAGGCRCUGGCACUUGGUGCUUCCACAGUGAGCAAGAUAAGGUAAAGGUAGCCCAAGGUGUAUCAGGAUCUGUUGUAGAUAAAGGAUCCAUUCACAAGUUUAUGCCAUACUUAACUGCUGGGAUUCAACAUGGUUGCCAAGAUCUUGGUGCGAAGAGUCUUACUAUUCUAAGAACAAUGAUGUAUUCUGGUGAACUGAAAUUUGAAAGACGAUCAACAUCAUCUCAAAUAGAAGGAGGGGUCCAUGGACUGCAUUCGUAUGAAAAGAGGCUCUUUUAACAUUCUGAAUUCAUGGUUUAAACUAUCCAAUUAUGAUCUCAAUUAAUAAGGAAUCAAUUACUUCAAAGAUGUAAAACCCAGAUUAUUAUUCACAUAUAAAUAUUAUUAAUUAGUAUUCACUGAUCGAUAGUUGAAGAGAGAGCACCAAUAAGAUAUAGAUGUCCUUUGUUUUUUUCAUGGUUUUUUCAUGGUUUUUUAUUUAUUUUUUGUAAUUAUUUACAGYGUAGAGGAUGAUCAUUUUUGGUUAAUAUUCUGUUGACAUAAAAUGUUUCUGUUUAAACUAACUUAAAGAAUUAUCACUCUAAAUAUCAAAGUACUUAGUUUGAGAAAUUUAAUAGAAAUAGAAAUAAAUCCAAAUAUAUUCUAAUUGGUCUUAUUUAAUCUCGGAAUUACAAUGUUGCAUAGUCUUUUUCAUUCAGCAUUAACAAUUAUCCUUGUUAGAGUGCACGCUACCAAAGCAUGAAACAAUUCUUUUCAAAUCAACAGCUAAUAAGAUAGUAAAUCAACUAAGUAUUUACUGCGGGGGUCUGAACACAAUGCCAGAAAGGAAAUUGUCUUUGUUUCUGCCUCGCUGAAUGCUUCGCUAAUUAACUUAACUUAAUCUUAGAGUGGCUGCACUUAAUUUGUGAAAAGGAAUUAACUUCUUUGUACUACUUUGUGCGACUUACAGUGAUUUUGUACAACAACAAUAUGGUGAUUCAAAGGCAGAUUUGUUGUAUUUUUGUGCUCUUUAAUUUGUACAAUUUCACAGAUUAAAUACAAUUAAACUGAGUGUUUAUAGGCAGAUAUUUUAAAUGUCAGAUUGGAGAGUGAAGACAAUUAACCCAU